ACAGUGUUUUGCUGGUCAGCAAAAUAACCACGGGAUAUUAGUGAACUGUAAUAUGUUCCCAUGUGUAAUGAUUAGGUUAUCAUAUUGGUUAAUUAUAUUCACAAUAUUUUUUUACAGUAUCUUAAAUGAACAAAUUGUGUCAUUUAAAUGAGCAAACAGUCGAUAUCAACACCAGUCGAUGAACAAACAAUCGAUACUAAAAACAUCAACACCAAAGCUUUUGAGAAGCUUUGAAUUCUGAAUCGAAAUAGCCUACAAUAUAAUUUCCAUCCAAUGUUUACUUCACCAACAGCGUCUCUUUUGCUGAUUGGCCGAGGGAGACCAGACCUUAGCAACGUGCAGUUGUGUGGUGAUUGGGCGCUUGGUUACCAUGUGAUGUCCCUUUAAGAUGUUCCUUGGAGGCUAGUGUGUGUCUGCAGCCAUGGAGGGGAACAGAUUUUCGCCUAGUACUGGGAUCGGAAAGAAGUGAGGGAAUAAGACCAGUCUCGCAUUUUAACCUCUCGCAAACAGAGAUAGAUUACCACACCCGCCUACGCGAUCGCUGAUCGAUAGAGGGAAAGGGGAAUUCCAUUUAAGACUGUUCUUCACUUUUUCUCAGGACAUGGAAGUUGUUUCGGAAUUCUCAAAUGACGUCUCAUUGAUUCUUUUACCAAGCAGCGGAGCUCAUAAAAUAGCAUAGCUGGCUGGACUGCGUAGGACUAGCUACUAGCUAGCCAGCUAGUCAGCUAGCCAUCAUUCUGUUAGUAUCGACAUACGAUUUCUGAAGAAGGAUAAUUGGCUGGUGCUAGCGACUUUCUGGAAGUUCUGUCUGAUCGAGAAGAAAGUAUUUUGGACACUUAGUACGACUCCGCACACCGAGUGUUUUUCUAGGCUGUUGGCUUUAUUUAAUCUUUUUUUUUUUUUUUUUAAAUUGUGCAACUUGUGAUUUUUGUCCAUGACUCUAGACAGCCUUAAACACUCAGCGAUCCUUUCUACUUUAUUUAAAAUGGCAGACGACAAUGAACUAAUAGGAGCAUCCGAGUUUAUUAAAGACCGACUGUAUUUUGCAACCUUAAGAAGCAAACCAAAAAGCACUGCAAACACGCACUAUUUCUGCACGGAUGACGAAUUUGUGUAUGAGAAUUUUUACGCCGAUUUCGGCCCCCUAAACCUGGCGAUGCUGUACAGAUACUGCUGUAAACUCAACAAAAAGCUGAAGUCCUUUACACUGACCCGAAAGAGGAUUGUUCACUACACCAGCUUCGAUCAGCGGAAGAGGGCUAACGCCGCUGUUUUAAUUGGUGCCUAUGCUGUCAUCUACUUAAAGAAGAGCCCAGAGGAGGCCUACCGAGCGCUCAUCUCCGGCUCCAACGCGUCCUACCUGCCCUUCCGGGAUGCCUCGUUUGGAAACUGCACGUACAACCUGACGAUUCUUGAUUGUUUGCAAGGCAUCCGGAAGGCCCUGCAGCACGGGUUCUUCGACUUCGAGACCUUCGACGUGGACGAGUAUGAGCAUUACGAGCGCGUGGAAAACGGGGACUUCAACUGGAUAGUUCCAGGAAAACUCCUGGCUUUCAGCGGACCACACCCGAAAAGUAAAAUAGAAAAUGGCUACCCCCUCCAUGCUCCGGAGGCCUACUUCCCUUACUUUCGCAAGCACAACGUGAUGACCGUGGUGCGCCUCAACAAGAAGAUCUACGACGCCAAGCGCUUCACUGAUGCCGGGUUCGACCACUACGACCUGUUCUUUGUGGAUGGAAGCACGCCCAGCGACAUCAUCACCCGCCGCUUCCUGCACAUAUGCGAGAGCACCGACGCCGCCGUCGCCGUCCACUGCAAGGCGGGGCUGGGGCGCACCGGCUCGCUCAUCGGCUGCUACCUGAUGAAGCACUACCGCUUCACCGCCGCCGAGACCAUCGCCUGGAUACGCGUCUGCAGGCCCGGCUCCAUCAUCGGCCCCCAGCAGCACUUCCUGGAAGAGAAGCAGGCCUCUCUCUGGAUGCAGGGGGACGUGCAGCGCUCCAAGCACAAGCAGCGGCUGGCCGAGGACCGGGGCGUGUCCCGCGUCAUCUCCGGCAUGGACGACCUGACCAUCAGCGCCUCCAUAUACAAGUCCCAGAGCAUGGACCGCAUGGAGGAGAACGACUACGGGGAGAACGGGAUGUGCAUGACUCAGGGAGACAAGCUGCGCGCCUUAAAGGGGCGGAGGCAGCCCCGCUCCGCCACCACUGGAGCUCUGAGGCUGGAGGACAUGAAGAUGCACACCAGGUCCCCAUCGCAGCCUUUCAGGAUGAAUCCGGCGGUGCCUGGCCCCGGCUCCAUCUCCCCCCUCAAGUCCUCCAAAGUGCCCCCCUCCGCUUCCGCCACCGCCAAGAGGAUCGCCCGCCCGCCCUCCUCCUCUGCCUCUAACCUCAAGAGCUUCUCCAUAAACUCCAGGUUAGCCAGCUCUUUAGGCAACCUGUACGCCGCGGACGACGACGCGCAGGGGAAAGGCAAGCCGCCCGUUCCCUCCUUCCCAUCAUCCUCUCCUCCCAACGCCCCGCCCCCGAUGCGGACGGGCUUCGGCCUCGGCUACGCCAACGGCGGCCCGCUGCCGCCGCCCGCCCGAAAUUACCACUAUGAGGUCAACAACAAUCAGUAUAGCCCUCCCUCCUCCGUCGCCGCCGCCGUCGCCGCGGCGACCCCCGCCAACCCCGGCGGCCCCAGCAAAGGCGCGGCCUUCAGCCACCCGGGGAGGGCGGGGGCCGAUGAGUUCGCCCACUACCGGCCCCCGGGGUACCCUGGGCUGGCCGCGCCCUCCACGCGCUACCUCAGCCGCUCCAUUCCCGUAAGUGAGCGCCCCGAGCAACAGCAGCAUCCUCUGUCCCUGCCGCUCUCCUCUCCUCUCCUCUCCUCUCCUCUCUCUGAAACGCUCUCGUCUCCUGCACGCAAACGCUUUUCCUUCUUGGCUCGGUUGUUUUUGCUGAAGGGGAAGGCCUUGCCCUGCUCCGUGUGCUGCUCCUAACAUGUCCCUGGGUUUGCUCCGUGUGUAAUCCUGACGCUCCCCUGCACCUCUGCUGUGCUCUGGCUGUGGCUCUGAGCGCUCCUGUCCCUGGGGCUUCGGCUGAAAGCUGUCCCCAGCGCCUGGACGUCACACUGCUCACAUCACAGCUCUAAUGUUAGGAGAGUCAGCUCCAGCCAGCGCAUGUCCACUUACCUACUGAUCUGCCUUUGAGUAACCACUGGUGAGGAGAGACUAAUUCAGGGUGUUAAGUGGACUCUGGCCUUUGCAUGUGUUCCUGAUCCCUCUGUCUGAUAUCAAAAUCUUUGCAAUCAUAUCUAACAUUACAUUUUGAGCAGGACAGGGUGAGAAUUCAUAGCAUAUUUUAGAUAUCAAACACACACACGCACAUGCGCGCACGCACACACGCACACACACUCCCUCUCUCUGACACGCACAAAAACAAACAUACACAAAAAACAUAAAACAGAAAAACAACGCAAAAAAACUGCCUGGAAAUGAAAUAGUCAUGGUAAGUGAAAGGCAUCAGCGCAGAACUCAUAUUGGCAGGGUGGGAUUUAAAUGGGGGUGCUGAGAAUUCGGUUUGCUGCCAAGUGCCUUCCACACGUUUAAUUUCUUACUGUAAUGCAAACCUCUCCCUGGGUUCUGGCUUUAAUGCUUUAACACACUAACACGUACCUUCCAAUGCUGCUGUUAGCCACAUGGAGGUUCGCCCGAGGGCCCUGGAGGUUCAGCAUCCCUGUGUCUGUCUUCAGAGAGACUUCCCGGAUACUGCUCAGACUCGCGUUCAGUUUUCUUUCAGGAUUUCUUCCAUCAUUGCCCAUUUUUGAUACAUUUUUUUAUAUUCCAGCAUGUAAGUUUUUCCAUGCAUCCAAUACAUUUUGAAAGAAUUUUCAGCAUUUCUUCUUCCUGAAGAGUUUAAUUUCAUAAAGUUCUUUGUCUCAGUGGAAGUUACAAUAGAACAGGUGAUUUAAUGUUAGUACUAGAGCCGCACAUCUGGAAUAGUCACGGACACCUGGAGGGAGGGGCACUCAGGACGUGCCCUGCCGUGAUUGGUCCCGCCCGUGGACCAAUGGCUCAGGUCCAGGAUGGCGGCAUUCCUGCAGGGCUUUUGAACUGGCAGAGAAGCUGGUCACCUGACCCAUCCUGGCCCAAUAUUUCCAGCGCACUUCAUAAGAAGCCAGCAGAGCAUCAGUCCCUCUGGCUCUCUGGGCCUGCAUGCAUCAGCACCCUACUGGCUGACCAGACACAAGCACUGCUGUCUUACUGUAUCCACAGGGGCCUGGAGACAUGGCAAACGCUUCCUGAGCAGAGCCUGUUCUGUUCAGCUGAAUCCCGAGUCCCAGGUCUCUCUAACGAACUGUGUGCACGCCGUUGUGUGCGCGCCUCUGACCUUUCUGGAGGACUGGCUGUCCAGUGUUCUUAAGUCGCAGCGCUCCAGAUGCGUCCUCCAUUUAUAAACGGGCUGAUUUCAUUAUCGGCAGCCGUGUCACACAUCACCACAGGCCUAAAGGAGCUGGACAGCCGGCUGUGAACGCAUUCCAUCGGUUUACCUGCGUGUUCCAGUCUGAAUGGAGGAUCACUGUCCCUGCUGUCUUUCCCCCGGAUCGUGCGUUGGGAAGAACGACUAUCCCAGGAGUAGGGCUUAAAGCGGCUUUCAGUGGAACGUGUGUCUAAUUGCAGAGCUGCUCAGCUGCGUACCGCCACCCCCCCCACCCCCCCACCCCCCUCCCCCGCAGCGCUCGAGGGAGGACUGCCUGGCAGCAUUGCCUCCAUCGUCCUCAUGUAAAAAAACAGCCCAACUGCCAGGAUCAUGCAAAUGGGAUCAAACCAGUAUUAUAAUGAGAGCGUCGCUGACGGUAAUGAUUUUGUUUGCACAGCUGCUGUUAUCUCAGCUCCAUAAGUGUUAAUAAUGAGCGUUAUGUAAGAGUAAUAAUUUUCUCUGGAUUAGAGUGUCAUUUAAAUGCAAAUAUAAAUGCAAUAAUAAUUAUAACUGCAUUAGUGGAGUGCGGAAAAGUCGUGGUCCGAUGGCUGAUCCAUCUCUCCCUUUUUGCAGUAGAGUAACGCCCCCCCCCCUCUCCCCGCCCUAUUUGCCACCUGUUGGUGCCCAUCCCACUAAUCCCCCAGACACGCCCACUCCAGCCCAUCUCCUCCAAUGCCAGGCAUCACAAGCUAUGGCUUUAUUUCCAUUUAUAUAUUUCCGUCGCUCCAGGGUGAGAAGAAACGAGAAAGACCUGCACACUGCCAAAAAAAACGGGUAAAAACCCAACACGGAGGCUGAAAAAACAAAGCUCGGUUUAUUUCGUACGGAACGUGCAGAAGCGCAUACGUGCAAGGACUGGAAAAUACGAUGUUUCGGUCACAGACAGACUGCCGUCAGCAUCUAGUUGGCAUGCACAAUGGUUGUCACAUUAAUGUAUAUUAUAUCUAACAGGUGCGCGGAUACAAUUCAUUAGUCAGAGUUAAAAAGGCAUAGCCGACAAGUCAGUAGUACAUUAAAUACAAAAUGUACCGAUAACAGUACAGACAUAUAAAAUAUCUCCUUUGUGAAAUGUGUGGAGUGACUGUUCAGCUAAGCACGCAAGCUUUCUAAGUAUUUUACAUGUAUAUGUUUAUGUAUUUGCAUUCAUAUACAUUGUGUUUAUGCAUAUGUCUUGCUUCUAGUGUGUAGUUUUGUAGUUUUGUUUCUGCAAGUGCAAUGUUCUUUCCAUUUCCCCUCUAAUGUAGGUAGUGCUUUUCCCCAGCCAUUUUAUUUGAUGGAGUUGGAAGACGCUGAGUUGGCGAUCGUGCUGGUGUUCUCUGGGGUGACUGAUGCUCGUGCUCAGUGCUCAGUGCUGUGCUUAACGUUCUGCUUCCUCUGUCUCUCACCUCACAGUCCCUUCAGUCUGAGUAUGUUCAGUACUAAAGGGGCGUUGCUGCAGUGAAGGCGAGCCGGCCCCCAGGCGAUCCGCUGACCACGCCCGUCCUGUACGAGUCCACCGGACCUUGACCCCCCCCCCCCCCCCCCCCGCAACCUCCAUGCCCGCCCCUCCCGGGAUCCCACCCCACCGAGCGCUGCUUCUCACUUCGAAAGGAAAGGGAAACGAGUAAACAGGGAGUUGCCGGAUGCACAUUCCCAUCUCUCCACGGCCGGAGGGGUCGCCGUCGGCAACCCUCGUCCACGGCCGAUGUCUGUGUCUCUGGUGGAAUCCGAUUGGACGGGGCAAACGGCAGCUCCAGACCUCCGAGGGCUAUCGGAAAAGGACCGCGCUUUUGUCCGCCUCAAGUCCUGAUGGGUAAAUGACUGAUUGGAUUCGCUUUUGGGGAUAGUCACAUGACUGUUUUACUUCUCAGCGUUUACAGCGCUGGUGAUUUGAAAGGCCUGCUCUCGCAUUGCCCAGCAUGCUUUGUGUGCUGUGGCCUAUACUGUAUGUGAACGCUCCUUCCUCUUAAAGUGCUGAGCUGUAACCCUCCCGCGCACUCCUGCUGUUAACACAGCUCGGCUGUCCCGCUUUUGUAUAUUUCUUACCUUCUUUCUAAUGUAAGCACACACACUUGAGUACUGAAAAAGAGGAUAUUUUUAGACAUGGAUUUUAUACUGUCUACAUAACAUAUUUUAAGCUUGGAUAACAAAUAUAUAUAUAUACAUGUGUUUUAUAUAUGAAUUGUAUUUCAGGGUUUGAAAAGACCUUUUUUAAUGUCUUUGUUUUUUUUGAAGUGUGCUCUGAUUGGUGUAUAAAGACGUGUAGGCUACAGGGGGUGGGGACUGGACGCUCCGGACCCCCGUUUCUUAUCAGCCGUGUGUUUUGAGAGCCCGUGCUCUGGCGGCGAAGUGAAAAUGGGAUUUUUGAAGGUGUUUGGGCUCGCGCUAUGUUCUGUCAGAGGGAGUGUGAGCACUGCCUGGACAGGCCUUCCCAGGUCAGAGCCUGCAGGGGGGGGAGAGAGGAGGAGGAGCGUCCUCUUCCUCACUGUCAGAAGCCCAUAGGUACCCUAUAGCAUGCCUACCAUUUCACCACCAUUUUUUUCCCCCCUGUGCGGUCCCGUCCAGCAGAGAUUAGCUGUCUCUUGCUGUGCCACAAACGCACGCCCUGUCUCUCCCAGGACAGCGCUGGCGAUGAACUCGGUACAUUCUGAGUUCCGUGCUCCGAGCUGCCCUACUGCGCGCGCUUGCGUACGCACCGCCGGGCCCCAUACGGGGCUGGUGCGGUCUGACACACGGUUUCAUACCUCCAGUCUGGAAAGGGAAUCUCAGCGCGUCGACGAACGGACACGUACGUCACACCCCGGAACAGAUGGGACCAAUGAGAACGCACACCUAAAUUCCUGUGUGUUCACGUGGGCUCGCGCCUGAUGAAACAGUUAGCAGCAAUAAGGGGGGGUGGGGUGGGGGGGGGGGGGGGUGACCAUGCGCGCAGAUGAGAAUGAGCGCUUUGUCUGUAGGCUUCACAGAAAUGGGUAGUGAUGCCUGGCGCGGUUUCGGUGAUGAUGCACUAGCUUCCUCCGAACCUGCACUUCCCCUCUCUUUCUUUGGAACUAGCGCUGAGCCCAAAUCACUCGAAAUCCUCACAUAGACAAGACGCCACAGAAUGUAAUAACAAUCUGUGAAAGGACUGCAUGGCUUUCUGCUGGUUUUCAAGCACAGAUUUUUAUGGUCUUACUCUGCGACAUGCUUUGAACUUAUUGCCUUGAUUAUGACGGCGCAUUUUUUGGCACGCGCGACCAAUUAUGAGUGAGGCGUGGUCUUUCCUCCCCCCCAUCUUUAUGAUUGAAUUACGGCAAAUGACAAAUGUCAAAACCAAUUUCAGUUCAAACUUGUUUGUCAAGAGUCCUUUGAGAAUGUAAAAAUAAAAUGGACGGUGGUUGGUAGGGUGCUUUCUGGUGGCAAAAGUUAAAAUGUUAACUCUCGUGAGGGAAUGUUUACAGUAGAAUUACAAUGAAACUGUUUUGUGUAAUACCCCCCCAAAAUUUUUUUGAAGGUUAUUUCAGUUACGUAACAUUGUCACACCCGUUACGCAGUCUUAAUAGCAACUGUGAGUACCCCCCAUUAACAAAUGGGAACUGUAAUGGGCUUUAUCUUAAAUCUUAUUUUAAGAACUUUUAACUAAAACAUUAUGUACCUGAAUAUGUCAAAAACAUAGCCUUGUUCUCUUUUUGUUGUUUAACUUUUCAUGUGUCACCUAAAACAAGGGUACUGAAGCUUCUCGUUUAGUAUUUAAGGGUGUUAGUGGAUCAGUUUGACUCCCCUUGUGGCACACUGUACAUUCCAAGCAAUGUAAUGCUUUUCUGUUUAUAAAGUGGGAGAAUCUAUUUGAUGCAAGCAUUCUACCUCCUCAAACAGAGAAUAGCUGUAAAAUACUAUUGCAUAUAUUUUUUCACGCGGUGUGUAUAGAAAAUAUAACCACAUUACUGUAGAUCAGUAUUUUUUUCUCCAUAACAGCAUAUACAAAAUAUAUAAACAUAUAGUAAGAUACUAAUGUAUUUACUGUAUGUAUAUUUUAAAAUACAAUGUAAAGAAAACGGAAAAGGAAAUAAUGAAAUAAAACGCAUUUGAAAUA